UAAUUGUUAAUAUACUUUUAAUAUGUUUAAUAUAAUGCAUGCUAUAAAGUGUGUAAUAUAAUGUAAAUAUAAAUUGAUAUAUAUCUUAUGUUUCAGCACUUUGUUUUAAACAGGAUUAAACAUGAAUAAUUAAAUAAUUAAACGAUCUUUGUAAGCUGCAUGUAUAUAUGUAUACUAUGUAUAUGUUCUGAUAUAUGUAUACUCUUAUUGCCAUGCGUCAUACGUAUGUUACCGUAGCAACUAAGAACGCGUGGUGCAAUACUUGUCGUUCCCCUUAAAAGUGACAAUAGUUAAAUUAUAAAAUAAAUAAAAUGUCAAAUAAUCUGUGGACGAAGCUAUCUCUCCUAUCUAACGAUUGCAAAGUUAUUACAUAAUUGUCUAAAAAACUACUUUUCUAUAACCAGUGUAUAUUUACAAUUUUUACAUAAUUAAUUAAUACAUAAUUAAUUUUUACUGCCCAGUGUGAUUUUAUAAAAGUGAUAAUUAAUCCAUUAAUUUGUUGAUCAGAAAAGGUUUCAAUUGUGUAGAAAUAAAAUCGCGCGUUUGGAGUAAGAAGUGCACUCUUAAAUUAAUAUUUAUUAGAUAAAUAUUGGACUAAUUCUUAAAUAUUAAAUUAUACAUUUUUAAAUAAAUUUAAAAAAUGCAGCCUCCUGAAACAAAAAAUUUGAAGUAAUAUCUUAAGAAUAACGAAAGAAAAUCCUUGAUACUGACUGAGAAGAAACAUAAUAAAGAAAAUUAUAACGCGAUUAUUGUCGACUCAUGGAUACUAAUUAUAGAGCAAACAUCGCAAAGUGGCUACCACUUUCUGACGGUACCCUCGACAAAUGGCUCGUAGACGCUUCUCUUUUGGAUGAAAAAAUGGGGACAAUUGCAGGAUGCAUAGCUUUAAUUAUUGAAGACUCUGCGGAGGCUCAAACUUGCGAUCAGGAGGUAUUUGAGGAAGUAAUAGAUAGCUUGGAAGAAUUAAUAGAGAGUUACAAAUUAACAUGUGAUCCAAAAGAAUUAAGCAAUCAUCCGAUAUACAAGUAUAAAAUAAAUCACCUGUCGAUGGUAUUAAAGCGAAAACUCAACGUCAUCGCAAAGUUUAUCCAAGAUUUAAUUAAUAAUAUUGUUGAUUGCAAAAACGACGAAAACACAAGAAUAGUGUUCAGAGUGGUAAAUGCUUACAAUAAAAUCCUCGAUAUAAAUCGGGAUGUGUCAAAUUCGUCUGUCAAUGUCUUUUACAACGAUUGCCCAUCCAUGCUGGAACCGUUGAAAAAAAUCUCCGUGACCAAAAUAUUACAAAUAUUAGCAAAGAAUAGGGCGGAGGAAUCCUGUCAUGAAUUAAUCGAUUGUCUUCUGGCAAAUUAUGAACCUCACGAAAAAACUGAGCCUGUUUCUACAACGAAUGACGUGGACGUUUCAGAAAAUUCCAGCAUGGAAAUUUAUCGCACUCUUACGAGACAUUUAACGCCACCGAUUACGAGUGCGGCAUCAAUGUCUGAAGUGGAAGCAUCCAAUAUCGAAAGUGUACAAACAAUUGUGAACACGCAAAAUGAGCAGGUGCUUAGACUUUUAAAUGUUGCACAGGAAAUUUCGCCGCAAUUACUUGGCACAGAUGCGUUAAAGACCAACAAAGGCGAGACAAGAUUAAGGGGCAGUGCGUUGAAGAAAGUAAAGAAUUAUUAUCAGGAGGUAGCAUGGGGCGCGCUAUCCAGUAUUUUAGAUCAUGUGAUACUGUGGUGGUCACGAGAAGCCCUCGCGACACAUCACAGCCACGGUGCUCAGCAUCUGAAGGAUUGGUUGCGGCAGUUCAUUCAGGGGACUGAAACCCCACCUACAGUGAGAUCAGCAUUGCAGAAUUUAUGCGACACGCUCGGUUAUCACACGACUAUUACUUCCUGGGAUCAGAUGUUUAGAUUAGCCUACACCUCUGCCUUUGAGUGCUGUUCGAAACCGUCGUCUAUGGAGGGGACCGACACUGGUCAAAUGUUUGGCGAGGUAUUUCAGCUACUAGUCAGCCUCAGCAAUGAAUGCGAAGUGGGUGGCGAAUGGGUGAUAGGAGCACCUUUGGUAGAACUCCCAUUGUCGGAGCAGAUCGUCGUGUUGCACAGGAUGGACCAUUCAGUGCACACGGCAAGAUUGUGGGCCAUUCAAGAAGCCAAGACCAUAGCUCAUACUUGGGACCUGGAAGUGUUCUUCCUUUUAGUCAAGGGUGACGUAGCAAACUGCCUUGAAGAGCUGUCUUACCUCAAGCUCGCUGAUCAUACGACUGCAUUGUCCAUGAAUUCUAUUAGCGUCCAAGUAUAUGUAUGCACAAAGAUGAGAGCGAAGAUUGUUUCCGAAGUCAAGGCAAACGUUGAAUUGCUUCAGAUCUGCCCAGCUAAGUGUUCAGACACGCUUGCCAAAAUCUGUCGUGUGAUCAGCCUCGCGAAUUUGCACAUGUGCUUUCCACAGUCGAAUUAUUGGAGAAGAAACAGCACCGUAUGUCCGGUGGCAGCCAGUCUUUAUGUGGAAACUUAUUUUGAAAAAGUACUACUGCCAGUGUUGGAAGUGAUAGAGGAUUACGAAAUAUCCAACAUGAUACUACGAAUAAUGUGCGAGGCGUGGCUUGAUUAUAUUUACCUUCAUCGCAUCAAAUUUACCGAAUACGGUGCGCAACAACUGUUGACGGAUUUUGCGUAUGUAUCGACGUGGAUCACGGAAUGCUCAAUCAUCUCGCAAAAUGUGAGAAAUCAUCUGCUGAAGAACGAGGUCCUACGUCGUUGCGAAGGCGUUGGCCGGCUUCUAUUGAGGCACCCGGGUGAAGCUAUCGCUAUGCACAAACGUCUGACUCGAAGAACGAACGAACGUGGGUCACCUGAAUCUCCAGGUCUGGAACGCAUGCCAGCUGAGAUGUACGUUCCGAAUCAAGAACAGUGGCUUGAAUUACGUGCUCCCAAGCGAUACAAUUUUUGCUGUAUGGAAUAAGGGAAGUAAAAAACGAUAAAUUUUCUCAAUCGAAACUUUGAUUGUCGCAUUCUUUCCCAGAAUGAUGACGGCAGUUCAGCGCGUCACAAAUAUUUCUCUAGUAGAAUAACGAAGGAAAUUGAAUUAACAAUAAUUCAUAGAAAUUAUUUAAAUUACUUUUACUGCCAAUUUUAUUUAUGGUAUUUAUUCAUUUUAGCUGUGUAGUUAUUAAUCAAUAAAAGAUAAUUAAUCACAUUUCUAAACAUAAUGAUUUACUUGAAUAAAAGAGAUUU